AUGUCUCUGAUAUGUUAUUACCAUCAACUGACUGACUUGGAACAUGUCAUGGCACAUGCCAGGACACCAAACUUGACAGCAAUCAUGACUUGGUUCACUGAUGGAAGUUGUUUAUGUGGCAAGAUAUCACCCUCUCUGGUCCAACAUUUAUCGCUUUGGUGGCAUGGUCCACGCAUUCAAGUUAUUAUGGGUCUCAGGGCGCAGGACCCUAUUCCUGACUGGGUUUCACACAUCGCUCUAGUUUUGCUCAUCAUGGUGAUGGGCGAAACUAUCCUGACAGGUGGCCUUGAUCAUGGAAAGCCAGUAGUCGACAUAAAGCACUUGCACAAGACACAUGAUGAAACAACUGAGAUGUCAUCAGUGAUUCCUUGUGGUAUCAUUGGUGAUAACAUUAACAGGGAUCACACAGAAUUCGACCCAAGAAGUUAUACCAGGGUUCUUCUUGGCCAUUUACUUCUUGUUUUUGCCAAAGCACCCCUUUUCCUUGGCAUCAAUGAAAACUUCUUAUAUCAGCCUGAGGAUGGUAUAAGCAAUGCGAGCUCGCUGUGA